ACAUAGACAAUUACUUCAUAAUGUAUCUUGCUCUCAAAUCGAACUUUUCACGGAACCAGCAAUGAUGACCGCAGUCGAAUGCUGGCAGUGGAUGUUAACAGCUAGACCAGAUUUGAAACUUCGAUUUCUUCAAGAAAUGUUUUCAGCCUGGCAGUAUACAGUUGAUAAACGUAUGGGAUUGUUUUCAAUAGAAGACGAUCAAGUCAAUCCAUUAGCAGUAUACGAAGGUUGUAAGUUGGAGCCGAAUCCACCCAUCGUUAAACCUCAUGAAAUCUGGAUUUCUUUUAUUAUAGAGCUCGUUGAAACAACUAAAUCUUGUUGUCAGGAGACUGUUGAAAUGGUUGGACUUUUACUUCAUCGAUCGUUACCAAUGUGUGUAGGUGCGGCCAAUGACGAACCUCAUCUUAAUCGUCAUAUUGCCGCAGUUGGCGUUCGAUUUAAACUUCUAUCUUGUGGAUUAAACUUGUUGCAAGGUGAUAUUCUUCCAAAAUCACUUAAUAAAGAUAUAUUACGAGAGCGUAUUCACUGUAAUUGUCUUGAUUAUUUUUGUCGUACAAAACAAAGUCCUACUCAGGAAUUAGAACAGUUAAGAGAAGAUAUAGGAACAUUAAUACGAUUUUGGAAAUUAAUACAUAGUGAUAAAAAGUAUUUGAGUAAAUCCAAUGGUGAAACUGACUUGGAAAUAAUUAGACAUUCACAAGUAAAUACACUGCCAAGUUUUCUGAGUCAUGAAUCAGUAAAUGCCUCUUUCGUCCCGACCGGUAACGAGUUCGCCAAGUCUUGUAAUACUACUUGGAUAAAUACAAUACCACAUUCGAUAAGUAGUAAUAAUAUAAGUAAACGUAGUAAUCGUAGCAAAAGAUUCGACAUAAAAAAUAUAUGCGUUAAAGACUAUAUUAGAAAACGUAAUAUUAUUUUGGAACUUUUGGUUGUGGAGAUUGAAUUGUUAUUAGUCUGGGCUAAUCCAGGAGGUCAACAAGACUUUACAGUUUCGGGAGAACAAAUUAUAGCUAAAUGGCGUGCAGAAUCUAAGAACGGUAGUUACCGUGAGUGUACGCGUCUUGCUUGGGAAAUUAGUCCUAUACUUGCUGUAUUUCUACCUGUACGCUUAAAAAAUUCUGAAAUUGUAAAAGAAGUUUGUCGACUUGUACAGCUUCAACCUAUCCCAGCAAUGCAUAUACCAGAAGCUUUGCAGUAUUUUGUUACUACUGAGACUUUACUUAAUGAUAUAUCAAAGUUAUUCUACAUGUUAACUUGGGCUAGAGUUUCACCAAUUCAAGCCUUAGCAUAUUUUUCAAGACAAUUUCCACAUCAUCCAAUUUCUGCACAAUUUGCUGUUAAUGUUUUAGAAAGUUAUCCAGCAGAUGCUGUAUUAUUUUACAUUCCACAAUUAGUACAAGCAGUUAGGCACGAUUCAUUAGGAUAUGUUACUGAAUUUAUUAAAGCAAUAGCUAAACGCUCUCAGAUUGUUGCUCAUCAGUUGAUUUGGAAUAUGCAUACAAAUAUGUAUAUAGAUGAAGACAAACAAGUAAAAGAUCCAAAUCUUUUUGAUACUUUAGACGCUUUAAUAAAAAAUAUCUUAAGUACUUUAUCAGGCCCAGCAAAACAAUUUUAUGACAGGGAAUUUAAUUUUUUUGAAAAAAUUACUAGUAUAUCAGGUGAAAUAAGGCCAUAUCCAAAAGGACCUGAGCGAAAACAAGCUUGCCUUACUGCUUUAAAAAAAAUUAGAGUUCAACCUGGAUGUUAUUUGCCUUCAAAUCCUGAAGCAAUGGUAAUUGAUAUUGAUUAUGACAGUGGUACGCCUAUGCAAAGUGCUGCCAAAGCUCCAUUUUUGGCUAGAUUUAAGGUUCAACGUUAUGGUAUAAAGGAAUUAGAAAAUAUUGCAAUGACAUCGACUAAUAAUGAAAAACUCAAAAUAAACAAUUCCAGUCAAGAAAAUUGGCAGGCUGCAAUUUUUAAAGUAGGUGAUGAUGUGAGACAAGAUAUGCUAGCUUUACAAGUUAUUAGCAUUUUCAAGCAUAUAUUUCAACAAGCUGGAUUGAAUCUCUUUCUUUUCCCUUAUCGAGUUGUUGCUACUGCACCUGGAUGUGGUGUAAUUGAAUGUGUACCUAAAGCUAAAUCACGUGAUCAACUUGGUCGACAAACUGAUUAUGGAAUGUACGAGUACUUUUUAUUUAAGUACAGAGAUGAAACAUCUGAAGCUUUCCAAAAUGUUAAACGAAAUUUUAUUAAAUCUAUGGCUGCUUACAGUGUAAUUACUUAUUUACUUCAAAUUAAAGAUAGACACAAUGGAAAUAUUAUGAUAGAUGAAGAUGGUCAUAUUAUUCACAUUGAUUUUGGCUUUAUGUUUGGAAGUUCUCCAGGUGGAAACCUAGGUUUUGAACCAGAUAUUAAGCUUACUGAUGAAAUGCUUCUACUAAUGGGAGGAAAAAUGGAAGCAGCACCUUUCCGUUGGUUUAUGGAACUCUGUGUUCAAGCAUUUCUUACAAUACGGCCAUACCAUGAAGCAAUCAUAUCUUUAGUGUCUCUGAUGUUAGAUACAGGUUUGCCUUGUUUCCGUGGACAAACAAUUGAAGAUUUAAGAAAAAGAUUUGUACCUAUGGCUACUGACAGAGACGCUGCAAUUUCUAUGUUAACUGUUGUUAAAAAUAGCUGUUUAAAUUUCCGUACUAAAACAUAUGACAUGAUACAAUAUUAUCAAAAUCAAAUUCCAUUUUAAAAAAAUUAAAAUGUAGAUUAAAUAAAAUAAA